GGAAGUCUCUUGUAGCAGAACAGCUUCCUGGUCGCAGCUUCGUGAAACGUGUUGUUAAGUUCUAAAGUCUGAAUAAAGUUCUUUAAGAUGUUUGGAGAUCUGGAGCGGACCCCCCGGACUCUGCUGGUCUGCGAACGGUCCAGUUUCCUGGACGAGAAGAACCGGCUGAGCUCUCAAGUCGAGCAGCUGCACUUCAACUACAAGGUGUCCAUGCUGCUGCCUGAGUGUAGCUCCGCCCCCUCUCACCUGGAAGCUGUAUUUAACAGUAUCAACAGUUUCUACCUGAUCAGGAAGCUGCCCAUACACGAGCUGCUGGACAAGCACUUCCUGGAGACUGCUGUGCACCAGGGACGUGUCUCUGGACUGUCCUACGGGACGAGGAUAGACGAGGACAACUGUGUCGCUCUGAUGCCAAACGGUCACCUGUCUCUCUCUCUGGAUAAAGACUCCUUUGAGGUGUUGGGAGUUGAAGGAAAACCAUCCAGAUUCAACCAGCGAACGAACAGCAGAUUUGUAGUAUCUGUAGACUUGACUGACAGCAGCAUGGCUCCUGGUGGGCGGGGCUACCAGAGACUCGUCACAGGUCUGAAGUCACGACUCCAGCUGAAGACCGACUUCCUGCUGUCACAUCCUCCAGGGUGCGGAGCCUCUCUGCAUGCCUUCCUGUCACGUUAUGAUUGGUCGGAGCACAAACCUGAGAUCAGAAGCCACACCCUGACAGACCUGUCCAGUCCCCUGCUAACCUCUGACCUGCAGUCAUGUGAUCCCCGCCGCCUGCUGGAGUGGCUCGGGGCCGUGGAUGCCCACGUCAGCUGUGAGAACUCGUCCAGCAGCUUCCUGUCCUCACUGGUUUGUCCUGAGCCAAGGACCAGGUUGAGUCAAGCUCUGAGUGUCUCCGUCUGCGGACUGCUGCGUCCUCAAGACGUCCAACAACUCAUCCAGCAGAUCAGGUGUUACCUGGAGCAACCUCGGUUGGAGAACUGGGUGUCGCUGACGGUUCAUGGUUUUGUUGAUAGUCCGGUAUCGUGGGGGGGCGAAGAACACGGAGUCCUGAGAGGAGGAGACAACUUCUACAGUCUGCUGAUGUUCCACGACCACACCUACCAGCUCCACCUGGCUACGGGAGCCCACGAUACCUGUCCCCCAUGACACCUGUCCCCCAUGACACCUGUCCCCCAUGACACCUGUCCCCCAUGACACCUGUCCCCCAUGACACCUGUCCUCCAUGACAC